GCAGUAUCCGCCCGGGGGUGAUUGGGGGAUCCAAACCAAAGGUUGCUACACCCAAAGUGGUCGACAAGAUCGCCGAUUACAAACGCCAAAACCCCACCAUGUUUGCCUGGGAGAUUCGGGAUCGGCUGCUGGCCGACCGCGUGUGUGACAACGACAGCGUGCCCAGCGUCAGCUCCAUCAACAGGAUCAUUCGGACUAUCCAGCAGCCACCAGGCCAGAGUCCAAUCUCUGCUCACAACCUAGCCUCCUCCGUCGCGGCCACACAGGUCUCCGCAGUAACCAGCGACUCGGCUGGCUCCUCCUACUCCAUCAGCGGCAUUCUGGGAAUAAGCUCAGCUGCUGACGCUGGCAAGAGGAAAAGAGAUGAUGGCAUCCAGGACUCUCCACUGGCCAAUGGUCAUGGGGGCCGGGACUUCCUCAGGAAGCAGAUGAGAGGGGAGCUCUUCUUCACUGAGAGGUUAGAGUCAUCAGAUUACUCCAUGGCCUCUCUAGCAGGGGGAUUGGAGGAGAUGAAGAGCAGUUUGACCAAUACUGCAACAGGAGCGGAGAUAGGAGCCAGUGUUGCAGGUCCCCAGUCCUAUCCGCUGGUACCAGGUCGGGACCUGGCCGGUACCACUCUACCGGGAUACCCCCCACAUGUUCCUCCAACAGGACAGGGCAGCUACUCUACCCCCUCACUAACAAGUAUGGUACCUGGAGGAGAUUUUUCUGGAAGUCCGUAUUCCCACCCUCAGUAUUCGACAUACAAUGACUCCUGGAGAUUCCCCAAUCCAGCCUGUUAGGUAACCAUCAGGACUAUGGGGUCUUCUCUGGGGACAGAGAUCGGCUGCUCCUCCAGCAUUUUUCACCAGCCAGGCAGGACAGAUGCAAGCACUGGGUCGCCAUAUUACUACAGUGCCGCGUCCCGGGGGGCAGGGCCUGCUGCCACGGCAACAGCCUCCGCCUACGACCGCCACUGA